UGCGCGGCGGCGGCUCAACUGUGGGCGGUUGGUCAGGCCGCCGGGUCUCGCCAGUCGGCAGGAGUCCCCAAGGCCCUGCGUCGGGCGCCUCUCCCAGGGGGCGCCUCGCCAGGUGUCCUUCCCAUUCUCUGGGUCCUUUGAGCUAAGUUUGGUGGGAGCCUCCUUCCAGCAGCGCGGAGGCUUUCGCGCGGCCUUGACCGCUCGGGGAGAGGGGGCCGCGCUGCGCCAUGGAGAUGCGCUCGACGCCGGGGCUGCCGACGCCGGGGUCCUCGCUGGCCCUGCGGGUGUCCUUCGUGGACGUGCUUCCUGAGGUGAUCCCCGUGCAGCUGUGGGGACCGGUGGGCGAGCGGCGGGAGGAGUACGUGCGGCUGAGCCAGGAGAUCCAGGAAACGGCGGCCACGUGCGGCCCGUGGGCGCUGGGCGGCGCCUCGGCCUCGCCGGGCGAGCUGUGCCUGGUGCAGGUGGGGCUCCUGUGGCACCGCUGCCGCGUGGUCAGCCGGCAGGCGCAGGACAGCCGCGUCUUCCUGCUGGACGAGGGCCGCACCAUCACGGCGGGCGCAGGCUCACUGGCGCCCGGGCGUCGCGAGUUCUUCCACCUGCCCUCUGAGGUGCUGGGCUGCGUGCUGGCCGGCCUGGUGCCGGCGGGCGGGGGCGAGCCACAGCACUGGUCGCCCAGCGCCGUGGACUUCCUCAGCAACCUUCAGGGCAAGGAGGUGCGCGGGCGGGUCCUGGACGUGCUGCUUCUCCAUCGCCUGGUCCUUCUGGAGGUGCCCAGUCUGGUCCAGCAGAUGCAGGAGCUGGGCCUAGCUCGGCAGGUGCCCGACAGCCUCUUCCACUUGCUGCUUAAGCGCCAGCUCACUGUGGCCACUUCUGGGGUGGGCCCUGGGGUCCCGGUUCUCCCGAGAGUCCUGCCCAAGCAAGAGCAGCCUGGCCUGGACUACUUCUAUCCCCAGCUGCAGCUGGGCGUGACGGAACCCGUAGUGGUAACCCAAGUGUGCCAUCCUCACCGCAUUCACUGCCAGCUCCGGAGCCUCUCUCAGGAGAUCCACCGCCUCUCGGAGGGCAUGGGCCAAGUAUACCGGGAUUCCACAGGGACAAGGGAUGAGAACUCUACCGGUGCCACCUGGGAGGAGAGGGAGGAGAGCCCAGACAAGCCGGGCUCUCCGUGUGCAUCCUGUGGAUUGGAUGGACGUUGGUACCGAGCACUCUUGCUUGAGACUUUUCGGCCCCAGCGCUGUGCCCAGGUGCUUCACGUAGACUAUGGAAGGAAGGAGUUGGUGAGUUGUAGUAGCCUUCGGUACUUGCUGCCUGAAUAUUUUCGAAUGCCUGUGGUGACCUACCCUUGUGCUUUGUAUGGACUCUGGGACGGUGGGAGAGGCUGGUCUCGGUCACAAGUAGGUGACCUGAAAGCUCUGAUACUGGGCCAGGCAGUGAAUGCAAAGAUUGAAUUUUAUUGCUCCUUUGAGCAUGUGUAUUAUGUCACCCUGUAUGGAGAAGAUGGGGUUAAUCUUAACUGUGUGUUUGGAGUACAGUCUUGUUGCUUGGCUGACCGAUUCCUUCAGGGCCAAGGAAUAGAGGAGGAAGAGGAGGAAGAAGCAGAAACAGCUUCUCAGUCUCAGUCUCCUGCUGAAGAAGUGGAUGAAGAGAUUUCACUCCCAGCCUUAAGAUCUAUCAGGUUAAAGAUGAAUGCCUUCUAUGAUGCCCAGGUAGAGUUUGUUAAAAAUCCUUCCGAGUUUUGGAUUAGGUUGAGGAAACACAACAGUACCUUCAGCAAGCUGAUGAGGAGAAUGUGCAGUUUCUAUUCCUCAGCCAGUAAGCUGGAUGGGGUCGUUUUGAAACCUGAACCCGAUGACCUUUGCUGUGUCAAAUGGAAAGAAAAUGGCUAUUACCGGGCCAUGGUCACCAGAUUAGAUGACAAGAGUGUCGAUGUAUUCUUAGUUGACCGUGGCAAUUCAGAAAAUGUGGACUGGUAUGACGUAAGGAUGUUGCUUCCUCAGUUUAGGCGGCUACCAAUAUUGGCUCUGAGGUGCACUCUCGCAGAUAUCUGGCCUUUGGGAAAAACCUGGAGCCAGGAGGCAAUUUCCUUUUUUAAAAAGACUGUACUCCACAAAGAAUUAGUCAUCCAUAUUCUCGAUAAGCAGGAUCAUCAAUACAUUAUUGAGAUUCUUGAUCAAUCAAGAACAGGGGAAGAAAACAUUAGUAAGGUAAUUGCUCAAGCUGGUUAUGCCAAGUAUCAGGAAUUUGAAGCAAAGGAAAAUAUCCCAAUAAAUGUCCACUCCCCAGGGCAUGGUUCAAACCAUUUUACUGGUGAGAAUAACAAAAUACCUUCUGCCAAGAGGGUAGAAGGAGAACAGAGAGCCAAGAGAGAUAAUAAAGCCACAUCUGUUUCAGAAGCUUUGACUGACACAACAAUUGUUACAGAUGUUUCAAGUGAACCAGUUGGGGCGAAUAAAGAGAAAAAAACAUCUGUUUAUUCUCCUCUUAUACAGAAUUUCUUGGAAAUUAAGCCAGACUCUUCUUGUAAAGGAGAGAUAAAAGUUGGAAGUACAGUAGAAGUUAAAGUGUCUUAUGUUGAAAACCCUGGCUAUUUCUGGUGCCAGCUGACCAGGAACAUGCAAGGAUUUAAAACUCUAAUGUGUAAUAUUCAGGACUAUUGUAAAAAUACAGCUGCUCCUUAUGAGGGAGCCACGCCUGCUUGUUUGGCAAAACGAACGGUAGAUGGAAAAUGGUCCAGAGCUCUGAUCAGUGGGACACAAUCUUCAGAGCAUGUCAAAGUAAUAUUUGUAGAUUAUGGAGACCAAGAAGUGGUAUCUGUGAAGAAUAUUUAUUCAAUUAGCGAAGAGUUUCUCAAGGUUAAGGCUCAGGCUUUUAGAUGCAGUCUUUAUAAUUUAAUUCAACCAACUGGUUCCAAUCCCUUUGUUUGGGAUGAAAAGGCAAUACAAGCUUUUAGUGACUUUGUAAGUAAUGCAUGGCAAAACAAUCUAGAAUUAAAAUGCACGAUAUUUGCUUUGGCCUCAAUCCAUGAUGAAGAACCGUUUAAUGUUGUGGAUUUGCUAACACCCUUUCAGAGCGCUUGCCAUUUUUUGGUAGAAAAGAGAUUUGCAAGACGAGUGAAACUUCGGAAGCCUCUGGAGUCCUCUGUUCAGCUACAUUCCUUCUACUAUUCUACACAUGAUAUGAAAAUUGGAAGUGAAGAAUCAGUGUAUAUAACACAUGUUGAUGACCUUUGGACGUUUUAUUGCCAGCUGGCAAGAAAUGUAGAUAUUUUGGACCAGUUGUCGUGUAGUAUUACACAAUUAAGUAAAGUUUUGCUGAAUUUAAAAACAUCGCCCUUGGUCCCUGGAGCCUUGUGCCUUGCCAGGUAUACUGAUGGAAACUGGUAUAGGGGGAUGGUAAUAGAGAAAGAACCAAAUAAAGUCUUCUUUGUUGAUUUUGGGAACAUUUAUGUAGUAACAAGCGAUGAUCUGCUUCCAAUACCUAGUGAUGCAUAUAGUGUCUUACUUUUGCCGAUGCAAGCUGUUAAAUGCUCAUUAUCUGAUAUUCCUGAUCAUAUACCAGAAGAAGUUACAACAUGGUUUCAGGAAACUAUUUUAGAUAAGUCAUUGAAGGCCUUAGUUGUAGCAAAAGAUCCAGAUGGAAGACUGAUUAUAGAACUGUAUAGUGAUAAUAUUCAAAUUAAUGCUAGUAUUAAUGAGAAGUUAGGGCUACUUGGUUGCAAGGGUAGAACAAGGAAAAACGAAAGUAAAGCACUCCUCUCUACAACUGAAACUGUUGAAGAAAAAAAUGAGAAUAUGAAGUUGUCAUCUACAGAGUAUUUAAGUAAAUCAGUAGAGAACAAGUUAUGCGGUGUAGAGAUUUUGCGAGAACCGUACAAACCUAAGAUCAACGCAGCAUUUAAGGAGCUCAAACGCUUACAAAGUUCAACAAAGACGAACUCAGUCACUCGAUAUCAGGACUCUGUAGGAAAUAAAAAUAGUGAAGUGUUUUCAUUAACAACAGAAAAGAAAGAAGAAAUUUUUGCUGAGCAACCUUUGAAAGCCACAAGAGAAGAAGCCACUGUUUCAGGGAAAAAAAUAGGAGAUUUGUGUAACAAAGAUUUGCCUCUAAAAUUUUGGGAGUUCCCACAGAAAAAUAUAAUGCCUGGCUUUAAAACAACUGUAUAUAUUUCUCAUAUAAAUGACCUUUCAGACUUUUAUGUUCAACUAGCAGAAGAUGAAGCUGAAAUUAAUCAUCUUUCAGAGAGAUUAAAUGAUGUUAAAACAAGGCCUGAAUAUCAUGUAGGUCCACCUUUGCAAAGAGGAGAUGUGAUAUGUGCCAUUUUCCCAGAAGACAAUUUAUGGUAUCGUGCUGUGGUCAAGGGACAACAACCCAAAGACCUACUCUCUGUACAGUUUAUAGAUUAUGGCAAUGUUUCUGUGGUUCACACUAGCAAAAUAGGUAGGCUUGACCUAGUUAAUGCAGUAUUACCAGGAUUGUGCCUUCAUUGCUCCUUAGCAGGACUUUGGGUUCCUGACAUCAUAAACUGUAAGGAAAUGAUGCAUUCCUUUUCCCGAAGGACUGAUGAGGCUCAAAUAACAUGUGAAUUUGUUAAAUUUCAGGACAAAUGGGAAGUUAUUCUUGCAGAUAAACAUGGGGUCAUAGCAGAUGAUAUGAAUAGCAGAUAUGCUUUCAGGGAAAAAUCGCAAAUAGAACUUUCUACCCAAAUAAUUAAAAGUACCUGUUCAAGGUCUGUUAACAAAUCAGACAAUGACAUUUCAGUAUUUCUUAACUGGUAUAAUCCCAAAAUUAAGGUGGUAAGAGCUUAUGCUACUGUAAUAGAUGGACCUGAGUAUUUUUGGUGUCAGUUUGCUGAUACUGAGAAACUUCAGUAUUUGGAAGUAGAAGUACAAACUGCUGGAGAACAGGUCGUAGAUCAGAGAAAUUGUAUCUCAUUUCCUCAUAUUGGAGAUCCUUGUAUAGUAAGAUACAGAGAAGAUGGACACUAUUACAGGGCUCUUAUCACUAAUAUUUGUGAAGAUCGUCUUAUAUCUGUCAGGCUUGUGGACUUUGGAAACAUUGAAGACUGUGUAGACCCAAAAGCACUCUGGAACAUUCCUUCUGAACUUUUGUUGGUUCCCAUGCAAGCCUUUCCAUGUUGCCUCUUAGGAUUUAAUGUUUCAGAAGGUGUAUGCCCUCAAGAGGGAAAUGACUAUUUUUAUGAAAUAGUAACAGAAGAUGUGUUGGAAAUAACAAUAUUAGAAAUCAAAAUGGAUGUUUGUGAUAUCCCUUUAGCAAUAGUUGACUUGAAAAGCAAAGGUGAGAAUAUUAAUGAGAAAAUGAAGAAAUAUGCUAAGAUUGAUAUUACUAAGAACAAUCUUCUCUGUGAAGCAAAUGGCUCUGAGAUAAAGGAAGCUCACGCAUCCCGCAGUCCUGAUGUGGGACUUAAGAAACCAAGUAAUAAAACUGUGCAAGAUGAAACAUUAUAUGUGGAACCCCAGACAGAUGAGCUCUCUGAAAGCAUUGAGAAAGAAUUAAACAUUAUUGAAACCAAACCAAGUAAAUUCUAUGCCCUCAAAACUGAAAACAUUUCUGAAGCUUUUGAAAACCCACACAAAGAUAAAAUUGGUACUGAGGUACUGGAUGGCAAAGCAGAGUGCCAUUUGGUUGACAAAGCAAAGUUUGAAGAUAAAUACCAAAUUGCAGGAUUUGAUACAUUAUUACCACAUGUUAGUGAAACAAAGAAGAUACUAGAACUAAAUUCGCUUGAGGUGCCACUUUCUCCUGACGAUGAAUCGAAAGAAUUCUUAGAACUGGAAUCCAUUGAGUUGCAACAUUCUCUGGUCCGGGAUGAAGAAGAAGAAGAGCUGGGCCUGGAGCCACCAAAUGUACUGCUGCCCCAAGGCGGCGACGCGGAAGCAACCCUGGAACUUUUCACAGCGCAGCUGCCGUUCAACUGUGAAGCCACGAAACAGCCAGAAUUAGAACUACCUACGGCCCAGCUGUCUCUAGAUGACAAACUGAAUGCUUUGUCUUUGAGAGUUAGUCAGAAAAUCCAAGAAUCCAUGCGUGCUGAGGACAUGAGAAAGCCGAGUUGUGUGGAACCCUUUGAUUGCCAGCACAGGGUGCCGCUGCAUCCACCUGGGAGGAAUUGUGAUUCUAAAAUGCAGAUUGAAAUGAAUGUAUAUGAAGAAGAAUUUAUGGAAUAUAAAAACAGGGACACCAUUUCAGCAUUGAUGCCUUUAUUCUCUGAGGAAGAAUCCAGAGAUGGAAGAAAGCACAGUAUUGCUUUACCAGAUCAUGUCUCAGCUCAGCCACAGAACACCUACACUCUGAAAGCCUUUACUGUUGGAUCCAAAUGUGUUGUGUGGUCAAGUCAAAGAAACACGUGGUCUAAAUGUAAGAUCUUGGAAAUAGCUGAGGAAGGCACAAGGGUUAUGAACUUUUCAAAUGGUAUGGAGGAGAUAGUGAACCCUGAGAAUGUCUGGAAUGGCAUACCCAAAUUGGAUAAGAGUCCAUCUGAGAUAAGGAGUCUGGAGGUGAUGUAG